CCAUCUGCACAUCUCUCGAGUCCUUUACAGCUCCAGAGUUCUCAUCUGUUUUAUUUCACCACUCCGUUAUCUCCGUCUCUCCGUCUCUCCGUCACCAUGAGCACCCGCACAACUUCCUUUAGCUUCACCCGCACCGCGCCCGUGUCGCACCGCGCCGCCAGCAUCUAUGGAGGAGCAGGAGGUCGUGGCACCCGGGUCUCCUCAGCCUCGGCCUACGGCAGCCUGCGUUCUGCACCGCUCGGCUCGUCCAUCUCCUCCUCCACCGCCUACAAGGUGAGUUCAGGCCUCGGUGCAGGAGCAGGAACCGGAGCGGGCUUGAGCUCCAGACCCAGAGCCAUCCUGGGAGAUGAGAAGGGUCAGAUGCAGAACCUAAACGAUCGUCUGGCCUCGUACCUGGAGACGGUGCGCAGGCUGGAGAACGAAAACGCCAGACUGGAGCAGCAGAUCAGAGAGGCCAUGGAGAAAGCUGGACCAGACGCACACGACUACAGCAAGUACAACGCCAUACUGGACGAUCUGAGAAGAAAGAUAUUUGAAGCCACGAUGGACAACGGCCGUCUUGUUCUGCAGAUCGACAACGCUCGUCUGGCUGCAGAUGAUUUCAGAGUCAAGUUUGAGAACGAGCUGUCCAUCAGGCAGUCCGUGGAGGCGGAUAUCGCAGGCUUGAGGAAAGUCAUCGACGACACAAACAUCAAUCGCAUGAACACUGAGAGCGAGCUGGAGGCCUUGAAAGAGGAGCUUCUGUUCCUCAAGAAGAACCAUGAUGAUGAAGUCACAGAGCUGCGUAAUCAGAUCGCGCAGUCGGGUGUGCAGGUGGACGUAGACGCUCCGAAGGGACAGGACCUCGCUCAGGUCAUGGAGGACAUGAGAGCUAACUAUGAGAAACUGGCGAUGAAGAACGCUGAGGAACUCAAAAUGUGGCAUGAAAACCAGAUAGCAGAUGUCCAGGUUCAAGUGUCGCAGAACACAGAAGCGUUACAGGGAGCUCAGAUGGAGAUGAACGACCUGACGAGACAAAUUCAGACGCUGGAGAUCGAGCUAUCAUCGCAGCAAAGCCUGAAAGCGUCGCUGGAGGACACGCUGAGGAACACGGAGCUCCGCUUCAACGCUGAGAUGGAGAAGUAUAACAGCGUGGUCCUGCAGCUGGAGGCAGAACUGGCGCAGCUCAGGGCGAGGGUCAGCGAGCAGGGGCAGGAGUACCAGACUCUCCUCAACAUCAAGAUGAAGCUCGAGGCAGAAAUCGCCACCUACAAAACCCUGCUGGAUGGAGGAGAUUUAAAACUGCAGGAUGCUUUGGAUUAACGCAGAGGAGAAAAGCUGAAAGGGUUAAAACCACAAACUCACUUCCUGAGAAUCUGACUGUGGAUUCAAUCUGCCACAUUUUCACCAAAAAGUGUCAAAGAAAACAUUAAAGCUUUACCCUUUUCCAGCAA